AUGGCUACUGAAACGGAACGCAGUGCAGAUCGAACUUAUAUUGUACGAGAAGAUACUUUAUUAGAAGCGUUGAAAGAGAAGAUGAGAAGAAACCCUGGCACAUCACCCUUGCCUCCCGCAAGCUGCAUCUUCAAAGUUCCCGAAGCUCUCCGGAGACAUAAUCCAAAGGCAUAUGAGCCUCACGUCGUCUCAAUCGGACCCUUCCAUCGACGACACGAUCACGAAAAACUCCAGCGCAUGGAAACUGUGAAGCAGUGGUAUUUAGAUACCCUUCUCACCCGCAUGGAUAUAAGCCUUGAAAAAUUCAUUGAAAGCAUUAACAAUGGAACGAAGAAAGGCAUCAUUAAGUUUGAGAAACGCGCCCGUUCUUUUUAUGCAGAACCACUUGAUCACCUUAAAGAGAAAGAGUUCAUGGAAAUUAUGAUACUUGAUGGUUGCUUCGUAAUACAUCUACUUUGGAAGAUUGUCUAUGGGAAAAAAGAUGAUGAUGACCCCAUAUUGAAGAUGGAUUGCAUGUUCCAAUAUGUAUGUCAUGAUCUUUUGCUAUUAGAAAAUCAGCUUCCUUGGUUUGUUCUCAGCUGUUUAUAUCGCCUUACCUUGGGCAAAAUCGACCGUGGACCCCCGUUCAGUGUAGUCCUGCUCAGUGCCUUCUGCUCACAAAACUCGUUGAAGAAACAUAUCAACUCCUAUGUCCAAUAUCUUAAGGAGGACCGGGUUAAUAAUGAUCGAGUUGAUGAGAAUCGAUUUUUGCACAUACUUGAUCUAAUCAAAACUUCCAUUGUUUUCGCAAUCAAACCUUUUGAACUUCCCGGUAGAAAUAACAAAAAAUGUCUUUAG